GUACUUUGUAUUUUUAAACGCUGCCAUAAGAUGUCGCUGUGGAGCUAUGCUAGCUUACACUAAAGUGUAGAAGAAGAAGAAGCACUGCACUAGGAAGCGUGUAUCAAAACAACGUGGGUUCAUUGAAAUUGCCGGUGUCUAUGUCCACAUUAUCAACUCUUUAAUCCCAUUUACAAUGCAGCACACAGAAGCAAAGCAGCUCCCAUCUCUCUAUCUUGAAGUUUGUCCCCAGAAUGAAGAGACAUGUCUCCCACUGCAUACCUCCAUCGCCCUGUUCCUGCUCUCCUACUGCGAGUGCAAGUCUUUCAAAGUUUUCCUUGUCUUUACCAAACCCGCCGACUUACUGUCAUUGAAGAGCCAGCUACCAGAGGCUUUGGAUGUGUCUGACAUUCAGAUGGAGGAUCUGCCCCAGCUGGUGAGAGGCUGUCGUCUCCCCGCAGUGUUGGAUGAAACCGGGAGUCUGUGCAGGGCAGGGCUGGCGGUGGUCCUCAGACACAUCAUCAACAAGACCCUAGAGGCUGACCCCCGUAGAAAUGAUGUGCUGGCACUGCUGGGGUUCAAGAAGACCUGUUUGAAGGCCUGUGCUGAGGUAAGCAAGUGGACCCGCCUGUGUGAAAUUAGCAUCCCCUCCGCUGUUGAAGAACAUCUCAAAAACCCCUCAAACCAACAGCAGCAGCUCCCUCUCUCCAUCCUCACCUUAGAGCGAAGGCUGGCCGAGCCCGUCAAAGUCCAUAAUGAUGAUAAAAUACGCAGACAGAAACUCCAAGAACAGAGAAAGAAGGAAAAGAAAGAGUUGCCUGCAGGUCAAGAGAAAUCAGCACAUGAGCCUGAACCUGGACAGUCACCACAGGUCUGUGAUGGACUUGAGCUCAGAGCGGCUUUGGCUAAGCUGUCUGUGGAUUCAGUUCCCACCUCCGCCACCAGAGAGAACCCUGAGAUCAGGAAAGUGAAGACAACAGACCUGCCUCCGCUUGAGCAUGUGUUUGCUGAAGGACUCUACUUCACUCUGACUGAUGUGGUGCUGCUGCCAUGCAUCUAUCAUUACUUGUGUUCUGUCCACACCCACGCUGCAAACACUCUGCAUCAGCUCCCACACCUGCUGCGCUGGUACAACCGUGUCCAGGAGGUUCCUGGAGUCCUCAGAGCAGCCCAGGCAUGUGGAAUGACCCUCACCACCUCACAAGUGUCUGCAUCAAGCAUCCCAGUGCAGUCAGCAGAGGACAACUUAACGAGGCCAACGGAGCAGGAAGAAAGUCAGGAGAUGACCUCACAGCUUCCCUUUGUCGGAGGACCGAGACCCACAAUGACUAAACUUAAAGAAAAUGGCAUUGAGGCAGUGUUCGCUCCUCAUCCUUGCCCUGCAUGGACCCUCCCUUGGGACAGCUUACCCGAAGCUAUCAACCCCACUGAAGGGAAAAUGUCAAAUAUCCGUGCUGUCAGGAAGAGGCAACAGCUGAAUAACUUGGUUGCGAUGGUUACAGAGCUAGCCAGGCCGGGCUACACCAUCGUGGAUUUCUGCAGUGGAACGGGGCACGUAGGGAUUGUUCUGGCUCACACACUACCAGACUGCCAGGUAAUGUAUGUUCUUGCGGAUGUGCGAGUAAUAUCUCUGGUCAGGGCCCAGAGUCGUGGUGCUGAGCUGUGGUCUGAAAAACAUGGCUUCAUUCAGGCCAACCUGGACUAUUUCACUGGACCGUUUCAAAUUGGGGUUGCCCUUCAUGCAUGUGGUGUAGCAACAGACAUGGUGACGGGGCAUUGCAUCCAGGCAGGAGCUGCCUUUGUCAUCAGUCCUUGUUGCUACGGCUUCAUCCAGAACGCAAUCAAGUUCACCUUCCCCAAGAGCAAAAGGUUCCAACAGACUCUGUCUUAUAAGGAACACAUGGUACUGUGUCGCUUUGCAGACCAAACUGCUGUCCAGCUCCCACCUGAGAGGAGACUCAUAGGUAAACAUUGUAUGGGCCUGGUUGACUUGGACCGCUCUUGGGCGGCAGACCAUGGGUACUCAGUACAGGUGAUGACUAUGGCUGAGAGCUGCUCACCAAAGAACAACAUGCUGGUGGGAACGCCGCUGCAAAAGAGUGGACUGGACGUGGAUGCUGGCCAGCUGGACACAGUGGUGCAUAAUUAGGGCUGUGAGGAGUGUUGUACAGCAAAAUAGCAGCAAUGUGGCUCCUGGCCGGGUCAUGAUGCUGCUGAAAAACAUUAUCUAGUCACAAACAUUUUUACUCAUUUUUAAAAGCUUUUUUUUUUAAACAGUCCUUCAGAAAAUAAAACAUGUUUGGUUCUUAUCUCCUUUGAAAAAAAGAAAUCAUCUGAAAUUUUUCUAGGCCAUGACUUUUCUCAAGAUAAACAUGUGGGAGAGGUCUUUCUUCAGUAAAAUGUACUCAAUUAUUGGAAGCUAUGCUAUCAUAAAAGAGCUCAAACCUCUCACCAACUGCUACGUUGCGUUUGUGUCUUUGCCAGAAAUGUGUGAUCAAGCUGUCAGCGUAAACAGAAGCAGCAGGAAUUACGCACCCUCGAUGCAAAUUAACUACAGCAUACUUCCACAUGCUGUUUUUGCAAAUAGUCUGUAUGGACUCAGCAGUCAGCUUGCUCUCUUGCCAGGUAAUAACAGAAGAAGAGUGCUAAAAACGUGUGUUGUCUCCGAGAUGAGAUGGGAAAUUAUCAUUAUCUACCUCUCUUUCGUGUGUGAGUGUGUGUGACCGACAGAGGACGAGAGGGGGGUAAAGGAAAGAGGUAUUGAAAGAGAGAAAUUGGAUUCAAAGUAAUUUCAUGUUGGGUAUAAUUUGGCAUUCGUCAUGGUUCCAUACCGAAACUGAUUACUCCUCAUAAUAAAUGUAUGGGAAUAUGGUAUGUUUCCCAUACUACGUUCAGCAGUAAUGAAUAUUUUAUGAUUCUGGUGAAAAGGUCAGUAUACUUGAUCAGUGCGUACCGUUAAGACUGAAAAUCACACAAUACGCUCCAUACUUCCAAUCUUGUAUACUUCAGACAUACUAUAGCCCCUUAAGCUUUCAUUCUCCACGCUGAAACUGGCCAUCUGUUUCUCUGAAGUAUCCUGUGUUGUCAUCUUUGACAGUGCAUUCUCGCUGAAUGAGAAAUCCAGUGAGAUAGCCCAGGAGAUGGUUUUCCCACUCACACUGAAGGAGUAGACGAGAGGUUCAGGAUUUUCCAGCGUCAAACUCAUCUAAAUUCAGUCAGCAGAGUCAAUCUAUCCCGAGGUGAAUGGCCACAGACACAGCUCCUUCAAGGACUGGAAUUAUUUCAAAAGGAGAUGUCUGACUCCUUGUUCAUGCUUGUGGCUCUGCACAAGUGCACAUAACAGAAAUGCAUAUUGGCACGAAAGCAUAAAGAGAGUGUGUAGGUGGAACUACUUUAAGCUGCAGGAGAGAGAGUGAGGAGAAUAUUGAAGUAAGUCGAUUAAUCUAAAACACCCGCGGGUUGAAGGUGACUAUACAAGAUUCUUUGUUUACACAAAAAUCUGUGAGAUAUCGGAGCUUCUUGCUAUGUGAAUGUGCAGUAUUUAUUUACCUAUGAUCUGCUUCAUAAAGCCUUUCUGUAAAUACGGCAUGGGGGCAGUGAUGCACUGAGCUGAACACAUUUUUAUUGUGUAUUCAACAGAAUUGGAGCGCAAUGCUGUUUAUGUCUUUGCAUACAAGGAAUUUGCCUUGGUAUCAAGAUGCAAGAUGUCAAAAUCAACAAAGGAAAAAGCAUCAAACUAAAUGAAUUGCCCUGAGCAAAAAGAGCCCAACUUAAAAAAAAAAAAAAACAUGAGUUCUUUACAAUUAAUCUCUAUGUAUGAAAUUGUAAUCAGUAUUAAAAGAUACUUUGGGGGGAAUCUACUGAUAUCAUAUGAAUAGACAAUAAUUGCCAGGGUUUCAAAUAUUGGAGUGUUGCCUUUUUAUAUGUAUUUACAGUGAAACUGCUACUCACCAAAUUAACAGUAACUGGCAUUCCUCGAGCAGAAGAAAUUACGUUAUUUGUGUACACCUAGUAAGAAAGGGCUUUUGAUGGUCCAUAUGCUUCCCCCAUUGUGAAAUUUGAAGCCAAAGACCACCUUGUUUUUAUUUCUGUGUUUUUUUUCACUUCACUGCACCAGUGUUUGUGUCCCAUUGACUGCAACAGUUCACUGCCCCAUAUGUGGGUUCCUUGCCUAUUGGUAUGAUUUUGCCCUUUACUCAAUUAGCUUUUUUACAAGUUAACAGUUUAUACAACCUGUUCAGAGUCCAGAGUAAAUGGAUAGAAAAGCCUGUACUGCCCUAUCAAUUAUCUUAAUACCACAGUAACUCAUAGUUCAUUCUGUGUAUAAGCACCAUGCACGAUGUGUUUUCCUUCCACUUUUCUAAUAAACACCAUGAGCAUAA